GCUCUGCUGCAGGCGACCAGCAAGUUUGCAAUGCGUAGUGGGCUCUAUUACCCCCGGUGCUCUUCUUUAUUUUAUUCAUAAAAAUAUGAAUAUUAAAAAAAGAAGAUAUCAAAGCGGUAGCCUUUCCUAAGCUCGUACCCUGCAAAAGUUUUCAACUGAUAGACCAACAGCCUCCGUGAAUUUGCCUGCCCUUUCAAAGCUGCCUGCAUUGGUCUGCAACUUUACCUUUUAUGCAUCUGAUGGAGUCUAGCGAAAGCGUAGGGCUAACGCUGCCAUAAUAAAUUAAGACUUGUAGGCGUUGCAAGAAAGGCUCUUUCAUGCUUUUGCUUGCAAAUGCAAAGUUAAUGGCUACAGCGACGGAACAGGUCCACUAGUAGUAUAUACCGUAUUACUAGUUACAGGUAGGUAGCCGUUGGUCUGACGCAGUCAAAACAAAAUAAAAAAAUCCUUCCAGUAGCACCUUAGAGACCAACUAAGUUUGUCAUAGGUAUGAGCUUUCAGAUAUCUGAAGAAGUGUGCAUGCACACGAAAGCUCAUACUGGAAGGAUUUUGUUAUUUUGUUUUAUAUACCGUAUAUCAGCCGCUUUUGUUUCAAUUGCAGCGCCUGGCGCUUUCUAGCAGUGGCUCCCAAACUCUUCUCGGGCCGCCUUCCUUGGGCCUUGACUCUCGUUUAAACUCACCUCCCAGUGCCUUACUCUGUAAAAAGCAUCAUUUAGAAUAGCAGUUUGCACGACCCACUAAGGAAGAUAACAGCGCGACAAAACAGUCGCAAUUGCACACAUUUUUUCAAUAGCCAAUAAAAAUAUUUCGUUUAAUUCGACAAAACUGAUUAACUCGAACCAGGGCUACCAGCUUUUCACAGCCUGGCAGGCAUUUAUACCUCCAGCGUCCCUUUGCCUCUUAGCGCUACCCCCAUGGGUGUAUCCAGGAUUUUUGGGGGGCGGGGCAGAACCUCAGCUACGUAUGUAUUUUUAUGGAUUUAGGGGGGCAGCUGCCCCCCUUCGCUAUGCCAAUGUCCCUCUCUAGGUAAACCCACCACCCGCUUUGACACCACUGCUUUAGAGGAGGCGGGAGAGGAUGCUAAGUGUGGCGGGAAGAUUCAAAUAAACAUUUAAAUAUUUCGGUGUAGUGUAUAGUAUAGUAUCAAUUUAUUAUUAUUAUUUGCAGAAUAUGUAUGGGAGCAAAAGCAUCAAGUGGAUACUUUUGUAAAUCAAGCGGUGCUAGUUGUUGUAUCCAAUGUAUUUCUUCGCUGUGCCGCAUGCAACUUUCUAUUCUGAAAGCGCGGCCCAGAGGAAAAAAGUUUGAGACCCGCUGGCUUCCGAGCUACUGGAGGCGGGUCCCUGCCCCGAGGCCCUCGCAUGCGGGGACUGCAGCGCUUCUCGGCGCGCCGAAACGUGGGCUUGCCUGCCCGGGGGCUCCUGGCUCAGACCGGCCGGCUCGGGGGCUCCUCCCACCCCGCUCCCGGCGCACGAGCCGCCGCCGGCGCAAACCAGCGAAGAAGCCUCGCCGAGAAAACGCGGCGCAGGGCCUGGCGGAGGGAGGCCUUCCUUCGGGCCUGGCGCGGGCGGCGGCGGGUUCUGGAAUCCGGAUCCGAGAGGCCGUUGGGGAGGCGGUUGGGCUGGCUUCGAUGGACUCGGCGGGGACGAAAGCGUCGCGGGAGAGCCCGGCCUGGGGCAGCUUUCGGCCGGGAGGACGCCUGGACAUGAGCCACGGCUUUGUGCGGCACAUCCGGCGCAACCAGAUCGCCAGGGACGACUAUGAUAGGGAGAUGAAGGAAGCUAAGGAAAAGGUAAAGAAGAGGCAUACACCGGCCCCAGCCAGGCCCAAGAAACCAGAUCAGCAGGUCUAUCAUCCCUGCCGGAGAAGUAGAGCUGAAACCAUAUCUGGCCUGGAGUAUGAGGGAUCCAGUGAAAGCAGCUCCAGUACAGAACCAGACCAACUCUCUUCUGGUCCAGCUCUCUUCUGCCUGGAAUAUGAGGCUGACAGUGGAAAGAUCACUUCCAUUGUUGUACACCAGGACAACGACCCUGAUGAGGUAGCCGAGAAGGUCAGUGCUCAGAACCAGCUGGAACCAGCUAUGCGUGAGGCCCUGAGGCAGCGGGUGCAGGAGGAGCUGGAGAAGCGACGGAUCACUACUCCUCGUUUCUUGACUUCAUCUGAUGAGAUAAAUUCUUCUCCCAAUUUUUUAUUUUGUAGAAUUCUUCGAUGAGCUCUUGUGACAUGUGUCUCCUGUAAGCAUAUUAUAUCCAAUCUUUGUUUUGCCAAAACAUGGUGCACCUGAUUCCUUUUCUGUUUUGAGUUCAAUCCAUUCGAGUUCCAAGAAAGAACCCUCAGCGACAUCUUAGGUUGCAGCAGUUGCGCCUUCUAGGUAAGAGUCGGAGUCUAACUCAAUUGGGUCGUCUAUUUGUCCUGGAGUUGAGGUUAGAAGUCCUGGUCGUAACAGCUCUCUCUCGUGUUUCUGGAGGAAUUCUUUCUUCUGGUCCACUGACUUGAUUUUGUAUUUCUUCUGUCGAAAUUGGAAAUUUAGGCCUUCCGGAAAUUCCCACUUGAAGUUGAUUCCUUUCCUUUUCAGGAUGGUUGCCAAAUCAGAAUAUUGGGAUCUCAGGUCCAGAAAGAAUUUGGGCAAAUCUUUAAAAAGGAUGAUCUGUGUUUCUUGAACUUUCAAAGUUUUCUCGUAAUGUAAACUCAAAAUUCUGUCUCUUUGUUCUUUGGUUUGGAAUGAUAUCAUACAAUCACUAACAAAGUUUUUGUCUUUCUUUGAUCUUGCACCAAACCUGAAUGCUUUUAUAAUCUGUGAUUCCAGUUCUUCCUUUGAGAGAUUCCAAGCUUUUACGAAUUCUUCAAUUAAUGUAGCUUUCAGAUCGUCCUUUUCUAUAAGAGGAAAUGCUCUGAUCCUGAGAUUUGUCUAUGUUUCAUCUGUAAAAAGGCAAGCGCAACCUGCGUCUGAUAGGCUUGCUUCUCCAAGUCGGGGACCCUUCCUUCUUCCAGUUGUACCACUCUUUGCUCAACUCCAGUCACUUGUAAUUUAACCUGUGAAAUAUCUUUGGAGAUAGCUCCUAAUUCUUCCCUAAGUUGUCUCACUUCUUGUGUGGUGCACUGCUGUUCCUGGGUGUUGCGUUCCAAUCCUUCCCUCAGUGCUGGUAAUGUUGCUAAUGCUUUUAAGACUUCUUCCUCAAACGUGGAGGAAAAGGAAGUUUUUUUCCUUGUUUUUCCACCAGAGGGCUCUGGUCCUGACAUGUUUAAAGCUCAGUAAAAAAUCAAAAGGCUGUCUCUCAGUCUAUAGUCCAGAUGUCCUUUUAUCAAAAGGAACAGUUGUAAACAGUCAGCCUUUCAAUUGUUGAGCCAGACUUUCAAGGUCACCGUUAUCUAAAGUUUCCCAGCCUGAGCCAGCUAGUAACACAGUCACAAUGAGCCAGUCUGAACAGUAAAAUUGAGAUAGUUUUUACGAGGAAAAUAAUAUAGCCUAAUUUUCCUUACUUUUUGAGGGUAGAAAGUUGCAGAUUUCCCUUAAAAAGUCCUUUAUUUCUUUGACAGGAAGGCUGCAGGCAGAUCAAAGCCUGUCAAAGGGUGAACAGAAGUUCAAGAGCUGAUUGUUCUAUGACAUCACAAAGGGUGUCUGGCUGGGGUGAAUGGAGCUCCGCUCCCAGGCUUACCGAAGCGAUCUUUCUGUACUUUUAAAGCUUAAGUCUGCAGGAUUAUUUUAGAGACCCUGCUCUCUUUUAUAUUGUAGCAAAAAGUCUGAGAAAUGAAGGAUACAAAGUCUCUUUUUAAACAGUUCACUGCGGAGGCUUGUCUUUGCUUUCUGAUCUGCCGCAGGGGGGGGGGGGAGAACCCGACCUCCGUUUUAAAAGUUCUCCCGAUGGCCAAAUUGCUUAGAAAUUGUUCCAAAUUUCAGGCUUUACUCACUGUGACCAAAUCCAGAUUUUCAGAUGGUUUUUUUUGAAGAAAGUUGAACGCUGUUCCACCGUCAGAAAUCAGAGCUGCUCCAUUGAAGGGAAGUGCUGUGCCUGCCGUGUCCGUGCCUUCCACCUUCCCCGCUCUCGUGCCCUUAUUAGGGCUCUUCGGGGGGAAAGGAGGUCUAAAAAGGACAGCUGCCAGGUCGCCAAGGCUUCAGGUCGCUCUACCUGAAGUUUUGGGGGGCUGCGCGCUCUGCAGACCCCCCCCCCCAGGACCCUUCAAGGAUCGGGAGAAAAUCUCCCCCUGCCGCCAGCGCUCGCGUUCAACCCGGAAGUCAGUCGUCUUGGUUUCUGAUCUUCCCCGUCAGUUUCACCAUUUCUGCAUAGUCCAUCAAUUUUGCCUGCCAUUCUUCCUUUGUUGGUAAUGCUUCUUUCCGUCUUUGGGUUAAUAACAUUCUUGCCAUAAUGCUCACUCUGCAUAUGUAAUAAAUCAAUAUUUUAGUGCAGCAGCGCCCACACUUUGGAACUCACUGCUUAUUGACAACAGGCAGACGCCUUCACUGUACAGUAUUGUAAAAGCGACCUAUCCAGUCGCAAAGAAGUAUGGCAUGUAUUUGAGUCUGGUUGUUAGCUUAUCAUUGGUUUUAAUUAAUAGAGAGGACGUUACUGUUUUGUUUUUGUUCCUGUUUCUACUGAGUAUUUUGUGUUUGCCCCUUGUGUUUUUGUGCUGUGAACCGCCCUGGGAUCUUCAGGUGAUGGAGAGUAUACAAAUAAAAAAAAACUUUUGAAUGUUUUUAAAUAGA